AUGUUUCAUAUUCUACUACUAUCACUACUACUAAUAAAAUUCACAUAUUCAAUACCUUUAAAUCUAUGCUCAUCAGUUAAUAUUGGUUCAUUCGAGGAAAAUACUCAAUUCAUGUCUACUGGUGAAUGUAGAAAACAGUGUACUGGUAAGGGUUAUAUAGUUGCAAUUGUAAACCAACAUGACUGUUAUUGUUCAAAUAAUGUGCCUGAAGACACAACAGAUUUAUCAAAUUGCAAUACAGGAUGCCCUGGUAUAGACACUGAACAAUGUGGUGGAAAUGGUUAUUAUGGUUAUUUAUUAUUUGGAAAUCCUUCAGCGACUGUUGGAAAUGAUGAAACAAGUACAACUUCAACUGAGUCGUCGAGUACUAAUCAGCAGACUAUCUCAUCACAGACAACCACGUCUCAAACAACAAGCUCGUCAAGCACCUCAUCAUCAACAAGUACGAGCUCAACCACUACGAGCUCAACCACUACCAGCUCAACCAGGAGCUCAACUUCGACCAGUUCAACACAAUCCAGCUCUCCUACGAUCUCAGCAACUCCACCUACAACAUUAAUUACUAGAACUACACAAGUUACUCAAACUCAUAGAUCAUCAGAUAUUGUUCAGGUCACUGAAUAUACCACGGAAAUUGUUCAAGCAUCAACAAGUUCUAGCUCAUCUUCAUCCUCGAGCACCACACCUCCAUCGGUUUUAAUUUCAACUACAAUUGAACCAUCGACUGUUUAUUCAAUUAUGACUGUAAAUGGAACACAAACUCAAGAAGUUCGAACAAUGUAUAUAACACGAUUACCGUCUAGUACACAGACUUCAAAUUCAUCAAUUAUAACAUCUUCAUCUUCAUCAUUAUCAUCGUCUACUCCAAUACCAGCAUCUUCCUCAUCAUCUACUUCUUCAGUUUCAUCAAAAGCUGAUGAUUCAGAUUCUUCAUCAUCAUCUAUACCCACAUCAAAUUCAAAUAAAGAUGCAUUUUUUGAUGAUAAAGGAAAAGUAGCAGGUACAUUCACAGCAGUUGGAAUAGUUGUACUUGGUUUAGUUUCAGGUAUCUUGUAUUGUUGUUGCUGUUGUUCAACAUCAAAUAAUGAUCAUGAUUCAUUUACAGAUGAAGAGAAUCAUUAUUCUUCAGAUGAAUUAGAUACUAUAAAUCGUGAAAAAGUAAUCAUUGCAAAUAAUAAUUCCAAAAACUCAUCAUUAAAAAGAAAUAAUUCUUCCAAGAAUUCACUUUUCACUUAUUUCAAUAAAGAUCCAUCAGAUACGGGGAUUAAUAGAAGUCAAUCAAGAAAGAAAUUAAUGAAAAGAGAGAAUUCAGUAAUUCAUAAUGAUGAAAUUAUGUUUCCUAUUAAUGAAACUGAUUCUAGAUUGGAUCCAGAUACAAUGUUUUUAAAUACUAAUUCAAGUUAUAAAAGUUUUGGUGAUGAUCAUGAUUAUUCAAGAACAUUGAAAAUUACAAAUCCGGAUGAUAAAUAG